GUGCCUGCAGGUGUGAAGGAGGACUCGUUCAACGUGCUGGACCUGGCGGAGUACACGAAGAACCAGCCCUGGUGGCGCAAGGUCUUCGCCCCCAGCUCGGGGUCAAGUGCCGAGAAAUACAAUGUGGCCACGCAGCUGGUGAUCGGAGGGGUCACAGGAUGGUGUACUGGAUUCAUCUUCCAGAAAGUUGGAAAGCUGGCAGCGACAGCAGUGGGAGGUGGCUUUUUCCUACUUCAGAUUGCAAACCACACAGGAUACAUCAAAGUGGACUGGAAGCUAGUAGAACGGGACGUAAACAAAGCCAAGCAGCAGCUGAAAUUUCACAGCAGUGGUAACAAAAUGCCUCCAGAAGUGAAAAGCAGAGUGGAUGAGGUGAUCAUAUUUCUGAAGAAGAAUGUUAUCCUGACUGGAGGGUUUGCUGGAGGAUUCCUGCUUGGAAUGGCGUCCUAGAAACUGCGCUUGACUCUCCCUUCAUGCCCAGCCUCCCCGGCCCUCCUGUACUGCUGUUCUCUCUCACUUAGAAGUCAAAGGAUGUUGCUGACAGGCUCAGUCCCUCUGCUCACAGGUUCCAGCCCUUAUGUCUUACAAUGCUGCUUCUGAUUUCCAAUUUUUUCCUCUGUCUGGGCUGUUAGGUUGCUGGGAUCAGUCUGAAAGCUUAUGGCUCCCAGUGUAUCAUUGUGAUUCAUUUCCCCACCAAAUAUGCCCAGUUCCAAAUUUUCUGAUGAGUUGCAGCCUCAUAAACAUGUAGUGGCAGAGAAGUUUCUUAAACGUGCUUCCUCCCAGGUGCUCAGGGUUGUUACAUGUACAUUUGUCUGCCAGUAUAUGUGUAAAAC